AUGGAACAUCAACAACAAAAGAGCAACGAAGGCAAACACAGAGAGAAACUCAUAAUGAAGAAUAGGGCCAAGUUUGUUGGAGUAAGACAAAGGGCUUCAGGAAAAUGGGCAGCAGAGAUAAAAGACACGCAGAAGAACAUUAGGAUGUGGCUUGGUACAUACAAAACUGCUGAAGAAGCUGCUCGUGCUUAUGAUGAAGCUGCAUGUCUCCUCAGAGGUUCAAACACUCGUACAAACUUCUCUAUUAGUCAUUCCAUUCCUACCAAUUCUCCGAUAUCUCUUAAACUCAAAAAGCUCCUUCAUCGCAAUUCCAUCUCAAAUCAAACUCAAACUCAAUGUCAAAACCAGUCCACUACGACGUGUUCUUCUUUUCAAGACGCACCUUUUGAUAAUAGCAUCAAGGUAAUGGAAAAGGAAAACAGCUCUUCAUGGAGUAGUGAAGAAUCAAAGUCUUUGUUUUGGGUUCAGAACCAAGAUUCUGAAUAUAAUCCUUAUGGGGUAGAUAUGAAUAUGGUAAACUGUGAGUUGGGUGUUUCACCAAAUACAUUUGAGUUUGAUUAUACUUGGUGUUUUCCCCAACAAAGGAUUAACGAGUUAACAACAUCAAAAGAUGAUAUGACUGUAUAUGGUUUGAAUGAGUGCUAUCUGGAGGACACGUACGAAGCUAAGUAUGAAUAUGAUGUCAAUUGUCCUCUUUCGCACUUGUUGUGUUUCACUUGA